CAGGCGAACACAAAGCGAAUCGCGACACAGAUUAAGACGCUCGUUCGGGUAGCAAGGUAGCCUGAGGUGUUCAGGCAUGGCAAGUCAGUCGUGGAAUCCACAUCAGCAGCCACAGCCAGAGGAAUAUCCCUUGACGGAGAAGAAUGGUCGUGAAUCAAGUAGCUCGUCGUCCCCGAGAGCUCGUCCAGUAGAUCUCCCGCCAAGCACCGACCCAACAUCGCGAUCAAGUUUGGGGAUAUCCCUCACCUCUGUCAACGCUGUCCAGAUAUUCUGGCUCUCACUGUACUUCGUCUUCAACCUCGCCCUCACCCUCUACAACAAGCAGGUCCUCAACCGCUUCCCCUUCCCGUAUGCCCUCACCGCCCUCCACUGCCUCUUUGGCAUGCUCGGCACCUUCGCGUGCGUGCUGCUCAAGAUGUUCAAGCCCCCACGACUGAACAGCGCGGAGAAAACUGCGGUCCUGCUAUUCAGCAUGCUGUACUCGAUCAAUAUCGUCGUCAGCAAUGCAUCUCUCGGGCUCGUGACGGUCCCCGUACACCAGGUCAUCCGCGCCGCGACACCGAUAUUCACCAUGCUAUUCUCCUCGCUCUUGCUCUCGCGGCAUCCUUCGCGGGGCAAGGUGCUAUCCCUCAUCCCCGUCAUGGCCGGUGUCGGCAUCGCCACGUACGGCGACUAUUACUUCACGGCGUACGGCUUCUUCCUGACCACUCUGGGGACCGUCCUCGCCGCGCUCAAGACCGUCUUCACGAACGUGCUCCAGUCCCCACCGCGACAAGUCGGCCCGCAGUACGCGCGGCUACCGCAGCGGGAAGGCGACGACCCCAACAAGGACUUACCCUCGCCUAACACAGCUGCGAACGGGGUGCCCGCACAACAGCUGCCGCGGAUAACCAUCCCGCUGACGAGCAAGCACAGCAUUAGCUUCCCCACGCCGACGCUCUCGCUAAAUCCGAUGGCGUUGUUGUACGCGCUGAGCCCGCUCGCGCUUGUGCAGUGUCUCUUCUUGAGCUGGGCCACGGGCGAGUGGUCGCAGGUCGUCGCCACGAUGGCCGCGAAGUACGGCUUCCGGGAAGCGACGACCCCCGACGCAUUAGAGGUGACGGGGCUAGGCGGGCUCGCGCUGAACGGCACCAUCGCGUUCUUGCUGAACGUCGUCAGCUUCAACACCAACAAGCGCGUCGGCGCGGUCGGCAUGAGCGUCGCGGCGAACGUGAAGCAGGCGCUCACCAUCGUGCUCUCCGUCGUCAUCUUCCACCUCGUGAUCACGCCAAUAAAUGGGUUCGGGAUCAUGCUCACGGUCGCGGGCGGCGCGGUGUACGCGUGGGUAGAGCUCGAGGAGAAGAAGAAGAAGCGGCUGGCGGCGGCAGCAGCGGCAACAGGGCCUGCAUGAGUGGGAGGGGGAGAAGGCAGGGCGUGUAUAUUGUCAUUGUCUGGUCUGGGAAGGUGUGCUAUCUAAUUUCUGUGGACGUCGUCAAUCGCUACAUAUAAUAGUCGCGCGGACUCGAACAAACUACGUACGGUACAGAGCGUCUCGUGCUCACGGUAACAUAGAGUACAUUCCGGUUGCAAUGGCUACAUCUGUGAUAUAGGCAUUCCUUUGUUGUGUCUCGUAGAUGUCGAUGAGAACGUCUUCAGGUGACCCGGGGG